AUGCCGCCGUCCGACCCACCCCCGGAUGGCCCAUCCGAGACCACGCCGGUGGCCUCUCUCUUCGCCUUUCUCUCUCGCGAGGUCCUUUCAGCCGUCAUCGCGCUUGCCGGCGUGUACCUCAGCGCCAAGGUAAUUAAGCGCGUCAUGGACCCGAACUCUGACGAGCGGGAGCGCCUGCGCCAGCACCGCGAGCAAGUGCUGGAGCGCCUCUACCGCACGGGCGUGCCACGCGACGCGUUGCGCUGCCUGGGCCCGUCGGAGGAGACCCUGCUGCACGACUUGGUCUUCCCAGAGGACAUCAACUCCGACUUUGACGCCGUCGGCGGCCUGCAGGGCACGAAGGAGACGCUCAAGGAGCUCAUCGUGUACCCGUUGCUGUACCCGGAGGUGUACGCGGCCGGCCGGGGCGGCGCCGCCUCCAGCCUGCUCACGCCGCCCAAGGGCAUCCUCCUGUUCGGCCCGCCCGGCACGGGGAAGACCAUGCUGGCAAAGGCCCUGGCGAAGGAGAGCGGCGCCAACUUUCUGGCACUGUCCCCGAGCUCGCUGCUGUCCAAGUGGCUCGGCGAUACCGAGCAGCUGGCGAGGGCGGUGUUUUCGCUGGCCAGACGCGUCCAGCCCACCAUUAUAUUUAUUGACGAGAUUGACGGCCUGUUUCGCGAGCGCACCUCGCAGGAGCACGAGGCGCACAAGAACCUGAAGGCCGAGUUCAUGCAGCUGUGGGACGGGCUGACGACGGAUGAUAGGUUUAACCAGGUGGUGGUGCUGGGCGCGACGAACCGCCCGUAUGACGUCGACCCGGCCAUCCUGAGGCGCAUGCCACGGCCGUUCGAGGUCAGCCUGCCGGCCGUCGAAGAGCGGGUCGAGAUCCUGCGAAAGGUGCUGCACGACGUCGACGUGGAGCGCCCUUUCGACCUGCAGACGGUGGCCAACGUCACGGCGGGGUACUCCGGCUCGGAUUUGAAGGAGUUGUGUCGCGCAGCUAUGAUGCACCCCGUGAGGGAGUCGUUGCGCGCAACCGCGAAGAGCGUAGGGACGGGCAUGGUGCGGCGCAAGGCACCCCCGCUAAGGCCGCUCACGCUCGACGAUGUGCUGCUGGCUAGGCGCGAGGUGACGAGGACGCAGGAGCAGAGCGCAGAUUAUCAGGAAAGGGUGGCGCGGGAGAGCAGCGGGGAUGCGAGCGCUGCCAGUAUGGAUAUGACAGUCAAGUUUUUGCAAAUGCUCGCGACGAAAACGUCGUAGGUGGGGAAGGGGGAGGUAGCGUGACGGUUCGAGUUCGAGUAUGUACAGUGUGGGAAGACGUUGAUGGUGUUGUGUCGGGUGAAACGGGUGUGGGAGGCACACGAGAAAGUGCAUGCCGCAGGGAGCGGUAGUUGCUGGUGGUCGUCGGUGUUGGCUCAGUCUUCUGAACGAUGAUAGCUAGACGGGCUGUGAAGAGAUAUUAGCUGGGCGUGUGAAGAAUGAUAUGCACGACGACUUGUAUUACGGCGGCGGGAGGAAGGUAUGCGAGCAAGGUUUGCAGUGGCGAGGGUGGGUUACGUAGUUUUAAAGUGAGGCACCCAAACUUGAUGCACGGCAGGUGUGAUGUUGCACAAUGUGCAUGAUGAGGUGGCUCGUGAGAUAUGUUGCUGUUACGGUGCGAGUUACCCCAAGUGGUGGUGUAAUCCCAAAAGAGGGCUCCAGUACGUUUUAUGAGACAGACUGCAGGGAGAUGGGACUUUCUAUCUGAUGGCAAGCAUGAGAUGACAGAGUAUUUUAGCGAAGGAGGCGAAAUACGAGGAUGGAGAAAAGAAGAAAUGAGUAUCGAAGAGCGUGGGCGUGGUGUGGUCAGGGCGAUACGGGACAUAACAAGGGAAAAGAGAGUUAGGACUCGGGGUUGCGGGCUUCGUUUUUCAAGCGAAGGCCGACCUUGAGGGCCUCUGUAAAGUUUUCGUCAUAAGCCGGGCCGGUAUUGCCGUCUACAACAGCCUUGGUGUUCUUGAG